AGGGUCUUUGAGAAUCAACACAACAGUGCUGGGUGGAGAGUUAAAAAAAAGAAUCCAACAAGGAUAAGAAGGGCUUUCUCUACAGAUAGUUUUCUGGGACAGACCGAGGCAGAGAUAAGAGCUGGCGACGCUGAGACGCGCUGUACACCUGAACUUUUUUUUUUUCUUAUUUUGCGCGCAUUUCUUUUCCCCUCGCUCCUCUCUUUCUCUCUCUAAUCAGAAAUCAGUGAUAUCCAGACAAGGCUCACAAAUGUUAUGAUCAGACGAUUCCAGCAGUUAUCUGUCUUUGCGAUAAUGGAGCGAAAGUGUGGUGCAGAUAUGGCCCCAGGGGGGGAGAAUGUAAGUGUGUGACUGCAGAGAAGUGACGCCCUGCCCGCAUCCAGAUGUUUCAUGUUUCCCUUGCGCGCUCUUUGGAGAGAUCUGCUCGCGGAGGAGCGGUUGAAAUCUUGAUCGUACAUUGCAUGCUCCAUGGCACCAUACCGGCUUAAAAGGACAACGAUGCUUUUUGCGUAAGGUGUUCGCUUUGCUGCUUCGGAGUUUUUUUUUUCUUAUUGCUUCUGGAGAAUGGUGAGGCUGAGGAUGGCCGCGCUGCUGCUGCUCUGGAUCGUCUUUGCGCAUUCUGUGUCCGGGAAUCCCAGUCCUAAUCACGAGAACGUGAUUGACCUUCUGGCAGCCCUAAACAUGUCCCACCAUGUAACCGGCGUGACCAGACUGCAGAGCUCCAGCAGCACCGUGUUCAAAGUACGACCCAGAGCUCCCUACCUGACCCUCCCUCGUGAAUAUUCCCACUUCUUGUACUCCAACCUUCAGGGCGGCCUAGGCGUGCAUUUGGUGGGUCACCAAGUGUCGGGAUCCAGCGCCACCGUUUUUUCUCUCUCCUCUGCAUCCUCGCCCAUUCUCCAGAUCUUCUCCUCCACCCUCAAUCACUCUCUGCGUUUGGACUACCGGGCUGGAGAAAGCGCUCAGGGCCUUGCCAGCGUCCGCUUUCCGGGGAGAAAUCCCUUCUCCAGGGAGGAGUGGGUACAGCUGGCUGUGGGCCUGGAGCCAGAGAGACUGACAUUUUUUGUGGACUGUCAAGAAGCAGCUGUUUUACCAAUAAAACGUGAGAACAGGAUCAACCUGAAACUGCCUCAAGAUGUUGUCAUCAGUCUUGCCAGCACACCGGGGAAGAAAGACAGCAAAUUUAGCGGUUAUUUCAAGACUGCUGAAAUUUCACUGAAAGCAUAUGAAAAGCGUCCGUGGAUCUGUCGCAACGUUACAGAUACUCCGCCUCAGGACAAGCUUACUCCAGAUUCUCAGACUGACAUUGGUGAAAUGUUGCGUCAGGAUUCUUCACCCAGUAAACAUCAAAAGAACCACAAGCCACAAGACGAAACCAGCCGUCAUCUCCAGGACAUUCAGAGUGAUCACUCGCAGAGAGGAACAGUGCUGGGGCCUCCAGGAUCUCCUAAAGAUUUAAGGUCUGAUUCUCAGGAACAGAGAGAAGACAGGCUGAGGAAGCUGGAGAGGAGGCUGGAGGAAGUGGCUCAAAUGCUCGACAUGGUCAAAGCUCAGAAUACAGAUCUACAGUCACGCGUAAAACACCUGGAGGGAUGUGAGUGCGUGAGGCAGCGAUGCGUGUACGAGGGACGCGAACUGGUGGAUGGUCAGAGCUGGCAGACUGACAUCAACACUUUGUGUUCGUGCACAUCUGGAAAGGUCACAUGCCAAGCAAACAUCAAAAGUGACGGGUGUCAGCCAGAUGGUACAGUUCACCGUGUGUCCCACGGCGGAAAAGGCUGUCAGACAUGUACAUGUAAGGGUGGUAACAGGGAGUGCGCUCCCCAGCCGUGUCCUUCCCUUGACUGCACAGUGAGGGAGAAUGUACCAGGAGGCUGUUGCCAACAAUGCAAAGGCUGCGUCCACUCAGGCGUCAGGUAUGACCACAGAGCCACGUGGAGGCCGGCAGAGAAUCCUUGUGAAGUCUGCCACUGCUCGGAGGGUCAGGUUCGCUGCGAGAGGGAGCGCUGCAACACCCCUUGUAAAAACCCCACCGCUCCUCCACCCAAUUCCUGCUGUCCGGUCUGUCAAGGCUGCAGUGUGAAUGGACGUGACUUCCCAAACGGAGGUGUGGUAACGACUAGAGACCGCUGCCAGGAGUGUACAUGUGUGAAUGGAAAUGUUGCAUGUUCACCCCUCGCCUGUCCCGCCGUGUCUUGUCGCGACCCUGUGCAUCGUCCUGGAGACUGUUGCCCACGAUGCGAGCAGUGUGAAUAUGAGUCCAGUGUGUACAUGAAUGGACAGAAGUUCCAAUCCAGCACAGACCCCUGCCUCGACUGCCGCUGCUCUGCAGGUGAAGUGUCUUGCCAACGUAUGGAUGCAUCAUGUCCACCACCGCAAUGUAGUCAUCCAGCCAAGCGCAAAGGAGAAUGUUGCCCCACAUGCAAUGAGUGUGAGUAUGACAGGAGUGUGUAUGCUGAUGGAAAAGCGUUCGUCCCUGCUGGGAGCGGUCCCUGCCUGCAGUGCAGGUGUCAGAGCGGUAACGUGAUUUGUCGUGAAGAGAAGUGCCCUCCUACCCCGUGCGCCAACCCUGUUUCAAACCCACGUCAGUGUUGUCCAGUCUGCAGAGCGUGUGUAGUGGAGGGGGUUGAAUAUGAAGAAGGCUCCAACUGGCGCCCUGAGGGUCCCUGUUCCAGCUGCACCUGUGUGAAAGGAGAGACCAUAUGUACACAGACUCGCUGUCCUCCCACCAACUGUCAGCAUCCCACCAAGACUACUGGCUCCUGUUGUGCCGCGUGCGAAAGCUGCACUUACAACAAUCGAAUCUAUAGCAACGGCCAGAGGUUCACGACCCCUGACCGGCCCUGCCACGUCUGCUCCUGUCAGCACGGCAGUGUUCAGUGCCAGAGACAGCCUUGUCCUGCGCUCAACUGCACCAACGCCUACACCCCGUCUGGAGAGUGCUGCCCGAGAUGUCGAGACUGCAACUACGAAAACCGCGUGUUUGUGAAUGGAGAGGCUUUUCCCAAUCCCGUGAGCAGGUGUGAGGAGUGUAGGUGUGAGAGCGGAAGGGUCGACUGCCAUCAACCGCAGUGUCCUCAGCCGCGCUGUAAUGCACCUUUACCUGGAAAAUGCUGUCGGAACAACUGCAAUGGCUGCAGCUAUGCGGGAAAGGAGUAUCCCAAUGGACAAGAGUUUCCCCAUCCUACUGACCCAUGCAGGACAUGCACCUGUCUAAACGGGAAUGUUCAGUGUCUGAUGAAGAGGUGUCCGCCACUGCCUUGCCCCAACCCUAAUGUGGUGCAGGGGGACUGCUGCCCCCAGUGUCCAGCUCCUCCAUCAGACUGUGUGUACGAACGACAGUCAUACAGACACACUGAACGUUUCUACCACCCGUCUGACAACUGUCAAUCAUGCGGCUGCAACAACGGGACGGUUCACUGCCAGCGCAAGCCCUGCCCCUUUACUCGAUGUUCUCACCCCAUCACACAAGACUGCUGCCGCACCUGCGAAGGCUGCCUACAUGAGGGUCGAGAGCGAGCUAACGGGGAGACGUGGGAAGUCGCGUCAGACCAGUGUUCCACGUGUGUUUGUCGCGAGGGCUCCGUCCAGUGUGAGAGGAAACGCUGUCCGCCCUCCAACUGCAAACACCCAGUCCAGAGACAGUGCUGCCAGUCCUGUGAUGGCUGCGUGUUUCGUGGUAAAGAAUAUCAUGACGGCACUGAGUUUGCUGAUGACAGAGACCCCUGCAGUGUUUGUUACUGUUACGGAGGGGACGUCACCUGCACCAAGAUGCCCUGCCAUGGAGAGUGCAGCCAUCCUUACAAACCACCCGGGCAAUGCUGUGGAGAAUGUGACCGCUGUCUCUAUAACGGCGCGGUCCUCGUUAGUGGACAGUCCAUCUCUGACCCAGGAAACCCCUGCUCUGAAUGUACCUGCCAGAGCGGCUCAGUGCGAUGCUUGAGGCAGCAGUGUCCACCGGCCCCUUGUCCUCAUCCGAUCACCAGCCCAUGUGGCUGCCCCGUCUGCGAUGGUUGCCAGUUCCAAGGUGUGACUUAUGUUGACGGACAGAUGCUUCCCGGAGGAGACCGAGGCUGCCAGGACUGCACAUGCUCAAGAGGUGAGGUGGUUUGUGCACAGAAGAGAUGCCCUGCCGUUUCGUGCCCAAACCCAGUUCUGGACAGGUGUGCGUGUGGAGUGUGCGACGGGUGUAACUUUAACGGACGAGACUGUUAUAACGGAGAGCGAUUCCCACAUCCUACAGACCGCUGCCAGCACUGCUCCUGCCUGAAUGGCGCUGUGGUGUGUUCACGUGCACCUUGUCCAAACACUGCCUGCGGACGUCCGGUGACUCCUCCAGGGGAGUGCUGCCCUGUCUGCACAGGGAUGUGUUUGCAUCACGGCAGACAGCAUCAGUCAGGCUCCACCUUCACAUCACCCUCUGAUCCCUGCUCUUCCUGCUCCUGUCUGAAUGAGGUGGUGAACUGUCAGAGGAGACCUUGUCCAGUCCAGUGCUCCCAUCCCGCCCGUUCAGAUACCUGCUGUCCCGUCUGUGACUCCUGUCUGUAUGAGGGAGCUGUGCAUUCUCAUGGUCAAACCUUCGCUUCCUCGUCCAACCCCUGCCAGCGCUGCUCCUGCGUCAGAGGCACUGUUACCUGUGUGCCCCAAGUCUGCCCGCAAACGUCCUGCAAUCGACCUGUUGUGAAAUCGGGACAGUGUUGUCCUGAAUGUCCAGUGUGUAUGCUGGAAGGACAGGAGUUUCGUGACGGACAGACAUGGCCCCUGACUUCAAACCGCUGCUCCACCUGCACCUGCCAGACAGGUGAGGUGCGCUGCACGUCUCCCAACUGUCCCAAGCUGUCCUGUAUGCAUCAGGUGACGGAUCCAGGCGCCUGCUGUCCGCGCUGUAGAGGUUGUAUUUAUGGAGGAGAGGAGCAUGCAGAGGGCAGCAGCUGGUUUGCAGACUCCACUCCCUGUAUGACCUGCAUGUGUGUGGACGGAGUGACCACCUGCUCUGAAGUACGCUGCCUGUCUCCGUGUGUCAACUUCAUCAAUGUGCCCGGGGAGUGCUGCCCGGUGUGUGCCGACUGCGUUUUUGAGGGCAAAGUUUACGGCCCAGGUGACAGCUUCCAUCCAGCCGAUGACCCCUGUCAGAUCUGCACAUGCGAGAUGAUGCCAGACGGACAACAACACCUGAGAUGUUACCGAAAGCAGUGUCCCAGUCUGGUUGACUGUCCUAAGAGCAACAUCUUGUUCUCUGGACCAGACUCCUGCUGUCCUGUCUGUGCACAGCCUCUGAGUAACUGUACGGCCAAGCUGAUCGGCAACGAGGUGCUGGCAACAGACGACCCCUGUUUUACCUGCCAGUGCAAGGACCUGACAUGGACCUGCUUACACCAAAACUGCCCUCCGCUCUCUUGCCCCCCUAAUGAACAGUUCACCCCUCCAGACGGCUGUUGCCCCGUUUGCAGAAAUUGUGUGAUUGAGAGUCAGAACCAGCGCGUGAGCAACGGCACCAGCUGGACAGACAGCGAUGACGACUGCAUCACCUGCACCUGUAACUUGGGCUACAUUGAGUGCAGCAUUCAAGAGUGUUCACCUGAGGUUUGUCUCAGUGGCCAAAAACAAGUGAAGACUCCUGGGAAAUGCUGCCCUGAAUGUCAAAGUAUCACAGACUCAGAGGCGUCGUGUUUGUACCAGGGGACAGUGUAUCACUCUAAUGAACAGUGGGAGGUGGAUGAGUGUACCAGCUGUACAUGUGUGUCUGGAGACGUACACUGUCGCAGUGAACGCUGCCCUCGCCUCACCUGCGCAACAGAUGAGAUGCCAGCAGCCUUUCCAGGUUUGUGCUGUCCUCACUGCCUUCCUCGUCCGGCUACCUGCAUUGCCUUUGGCGACCCUCAUUACCGGACCUUCGACGGCCGCAUGCUGCACUUCCAGGGGACGUGCACCUACGUCCUGGCUCAGGAUUGUGAAGGAGGGGACUUCAGUAUUCAUGCCACAAAUGAUGAUCGUGGACGUAAAGGAGUGUCCUGGACUAAAGAGGUGACUGUGUUUUUAGGAGACGUCGAAGUGCAGCUGCUCCAGGACUGGGUUGUGAAGGUGAACAACAAGGUUGUGACUUUGCCGUUCCUCAGAGAACCAUACAUCUAUAUCGAACGACAAACCAACACUAUAUUACUCAACACUAACAUUGGGCUGAAGGUGCUAUGGAGUCCUCGUUCACACGUGGAAGUGAGCGUGCCGGGCUCCUAUAAGGGCAACACCUGUGGUCUUUGUGGAAACUUCAAUAACUACUACCAGGACGACCUCCGAAUGCCCAGCGGACGACUCAGCCUUUCAGAAUCUGACUUUGGCAACAGCUGGAGGGUCAGAAAUGGCAGCCAUUCCGUGUCAUCCUGCCGUCCUGGUGAGGAGGUGGACCCCUGUAAGGACGCAGGCUACCAGGCCAAGAAGGGGGCCAACAAUCGCUGUAAGGUCCUGAAGUCCGCUGCCUUUAAGGCGUGUCACCGCGUGGUGCCUCCUGAGCCGUGGUACGGAGCCUGCGUAUAUGACCUCUGUGCUUGUGGGGCCAAUGCUGAUGAGUGCCUGUGUGACACACUGGAGGCCUACGCCAGCCAGUGCAGACAGGCUGGAGUCGUCCUGCAGUGGAGGAGCUCGUCGCUGUGUGCUGUGGGCUGUCCAGUGGAGAGGGGCUUUGUGUUUGACGAGUGCGGCCCCCCGUGUCCUAAGACCUGCUUUAAUGUCGACGUACCGCUCGGGGUGAUCGAGAGUCACUGCUUCAAGCCCUGCGUCCCCGGCUGCCAGUGUCCCGCCGGUCUGGUUCUACACAACAACUACUGCAUCCAGCCGGAAAAGUGCCCCAAGAUCAUUCAUGGCAACCCUUCGUGAUGCUCGAACUGAACCCUCACUUGUUCGCACACACACAUGCACUGCUAACUCUGCAUCAGCCUCCUGUUACUGCAUAGCAAAAGUUUGAAAUGGAAAAAAAAAUAUCCAGACAAACUUCCCAAACCUGUGGAUCCUACAUAUCGACUGAAGUGGAAUACUGCAUUUUUGUGUUAUUAUAAAUAUUAUAUUUAGCACUGAAUAUUUAUACAAAACCACAAUUUGCCAUUUUACUUCGUACAUGUUGAUUGGUGCUUAUCCUACCUAUUUUGAGUUACACAUUUAUGAGAUAUUGUUUUAACAGUAUUUUUUCACUAUUAAAAAAAAAAACAAACAUUUUUUUAUUGUGCUGAUUAAAUUUCAUCACUGUGCAAUGUCUGACUGUAUAUACAGUAAGCCACAUAAUCUCAGGUACUCUUCUUUUUCUACUCCAUUUUUACAAAUAAACCAAGCUUU